CAUCUAAUGUCCGAAGCGUUUUGAGUUAAAAAUUUUAUGAAAGCAUUUUUGCGACAAUUCAGUGCUUUUAUGAAUUCACUACGGUAAAGUUGUUGGCGUGUUUUGAGGAACAAACGAUAAAGCAAUAAGCGAAUUUACUAAAUAAUUAUAUAUUUAAUGUACGAGUAUAUGUAAUGACAGUGAGCGAAUGAGCUGCAUAUUCAAAAAUUAAAAAAUUCAAUAUUUUUUAAUUUUUACUGUUAUUUAUACAAGGAGAAAAUAAUGAGCAUAAAUGAGAAAUCAGAAAUUGUGCUAUUGUGAACCAAAUUAAGUGCGAGAAGUUGAUGUUUUGAGUCAAAAUAAUCAUGUUAAGAAAGUAAUCAUAAAGACCAUUUGAAAUCAUUUCAACAUAAUAACUUAUUGUGUAACGGUAUUUCUAAAACUAAAAGUGCUAAAACACACCAAAAAAGUGUAGUGACUUUUUAUAAAAGCAUUUUUUAUACUAAAAACUAAGAAAGAAAAAAAACUUUAUAUACAAAGUAUAAAAGUAUACAGCAUAUAUUUCCAUUGAAAAAUAACAAAAAAUAAGCGACAAGAAAAUGGAAGGCGAAUCAACAGAAUCUACACACAAUACCAAGGUUUCGGACUCAGCAUAUUCAAAUAGCUGCAGUAAUUCGCAGUCACAAAGGAGUGGCAGUUCGAAAUCACGUCUUAGCGGCAGUCAUUCCUCCGGCAGCAGCGGUUAUGGCGGCAAACCAUCUACGCAAGCGAGCAGCAGCGACAUGCACAUUAAACGCGUCAAGGAUAAGGCACGCAAGAAGAAGAAGUUGAAAUGCUCCGCACAAACGAAUAUUCUGGAAAAUCAAGAUGACACACCAAACACAAGCGAGCCGCAGGGUGAGGAACAAAUCACUUUGGGCUGCGACAAGGCAAUCGCACAAUGCAGUCGCCAGAAGGAAAAUAAGGAUGCGUCAUUAACGCUGUUGGAGAAGGAGACAACCGAACAAACUAAAUCGGAGAUUUCAUUGCAAUUUCCCACGCCAUCACCAUUGUCCACAACCACACUGCAAGGUGGAAAAUCCGAGAGAACUUGCGAAUCCGCACCAGGAAAAUUGGAGAGUUCCGGCAAGGCCGAAAAACUCAAAGAGGAGAGUUUCUGCUGUGUGAUAUCCAUGCAUGACGGCAUAGUGCUCUACACAACGCCGAGCAUAACUGAUGUUCUCGAUUUUCCACGUGACAUGUUGCUGGGACGUUCAUUCAUUGAUUUCGUACAUCCCAAGGAUCGCGCCACCUUCGCCAGUCAAAUCACCACCGGCAUACCGAUAGCCGAGUCACGUAAUAGCGCACCUAAAGAUGCACGCACUACAUUCUGUGUAAUGUUACGUCGUUAUCGUGGCUUGAAAUCGGGUGGUUAUGGUGUCAUCGGACGUCCGGUGAAUUAUGAACCCUUCCGUUUGGGAUUAACAUUCCGUGAGGCGCCCGAAGAGGCACGACCCGACAACAAUCUCGUUUCGAAUGGCACCAAUAUGUUGUUGGUCAUAUGUGCCACGCCCAUUAAGAGUUCUUAUAUAGUGCCAGAUGAGAUACUCUCGCACAAGAGUCCUAAAUUCUCCAUACGUCAUACAGCGACGGGAAUCAUUUCGCACGUGGACAGCGCUGCGGUAUCAACAUUGGGUUAUUUACCACAAGAUCUUAUUGGACGUUCAAUAUUUGACUUUUAUCAUCCGGAAGAUCUUAUGGUAUUGAAGGAAAUUUACGAAACCGUCAUGAAGAAGGGACAAACAGCGGGCGCUUCUUUUUGCAGCAAACCGUAUCGGUUCCUCAUACAAAAUGGCUGCUACAUAUUAUUGGAGACGGAGUGGACAAGUUUUGUGAAUCCAUGGUCGCGUAAGCUGGAGUUUGUUAUCGGACACCAUAGAGUGUUUCAGGGUCCAAAACUUUGUAAUGUUUUCGAUACGGCACCGGCAAACAAACCAAAACUUUCAGAUGAGGUACGUAGUCGAAAUAUACGCAUUAAAGACGAAAUACUCAAACUGCUGGAAGAGUCCAUAUCGCGGCCUUCGGACACGGUAAAGCAAGAGGUGUCACGCCGUUGUCAAGCGUUAGCUUCUUUCAUGGAAACUCUCAUGGACGAGGUGACACGCACUGAUCUCAAAUUAGAACUACCUCAUGAGAAUGAGCUGACCGUCUCGGAGCGAGAUUCGGUGAUGUUGGGCGAGAUCUCACCACAUCACGAUUACUAUGAUAGCAAAAGUUCGACGGAAACACCGCCGAGCUACAAUCAACUGAAUUAUAAUGAGAAUUUGCAGCGCUUUUUUAACAGCAAGCCUGUUACCGCGCCGGUCGAGGUCGACCCAAUGAAGAAUGAACAGUCUUACAGCAUAUCGGCUGACGCACGUAACACGCUCAGUCCGGUGCAGUGUUUCGAGGGUAGUGGCGGCAGUGGGUCCUCGGGAAAUUUUACAUCUGGCAGCCACAUACACAUGAGUAGUAUUACGAACACCAGUAACGCCGGCACCGGCACCUCAUCGGGUAGUGCACAGUUGGUCACAUUGACCGAGUCGCUGUUGAAUAAACAUAACGAUGAAAUGGAGAAAUUCAUGCUGAAGAAACAUCGCGAGUCUCGCGGUCGUUGCGGUGAGAAGAGUAAAAAGGCCACAGAAAAGGUAAUGGAGUAUAGCGGGCCGGGUCAUGGCCUCAAACGGGGCGGCUCACAUUCUUGGGAAGGUGAUGCCAACAAACCGAAACAUCAACACACGAACGUAAUGGACGCGCAACGUGACUACGCUGAUCAUCACAAUAUGGCGGUGAGCGCGAGUGGCAAAGCUUACGGCUCGUUGCAAACAACUCUGGGUGAGACAGCCUUUGCUAGUUCUUAUGCUGCGGCGGGUAUAUCUUGCACGCGCAAUGUCAAUCUCUGGCCACCCUUCUCCGUGGGCAUCAAUACGUCGCACACGUCGCAAACUGUGGCGCAAGCCGGUUUCACACCGCAACACAGCAUAUUCCCGACAUUCUACUACAUACCAGCCACAGCGGCGGCGGCUGCAGCAGCCGCAACACAAGUUCAGACCAAGCCCAACAUGGCGGACAUGCCGAGCACUUCGGCUCAAGCGCUGCCGCUUCAAUAUAUGACUGGUGUUAUGUAUCCGCAUCCAUCACUAUUUUAUACACACCCCGCGACGGCUAUGAUGUACCAGCCCAUGUCAUUUUCAAAUAUGUCCAACUCGUUGACGCUGUCGGAGCAGGCGAGCAGUUCGAAUGCUUUCAAAACGAAUCAACCGGUCAUGUUGGCUCCAACGCCCACGAAGACGCAAGGCGCUUUCCACUCGAUUACACCUGCGCAGCUGCAACGCCCAUCGUCACAGGCGACGUCGGUGAAAGCUGAACCCGGCUCUAAUAUGGCGCCUUCGGAUUCAUCGAAAAAGGGUAUUGCGGACUCACCGAUUCCAUCCGUUUUAGGGGAUUAUGUGUCGGAUCAACACAAUCCUAUGGAUCUGAAGCCCAACAGUGAUAGCAAUGCUAACAGCGACGACAUGGAUGGUUCCAGCUUUUCAUCUUUUUACUCCUCAUUUAUAAAAACCACAGACGGAUCGGAUAGUCCUCAGGAGAAUGAUAAGGAAGGGAAGCACCGAAAAUAUAAAGUACAAACCGACUCAAAGUCAAUGGAUAAUGCUGAAGAAGACCAAACGUUACAUGGUGAUGGUUAAAUAUUGUUUGCAUACAUACAUAUGUACAUACAUACAUGCAUAUUUAUUUGUACGUGUACGUGUGUGAAACGUGAGUUGCACAUCAUUGCAAGCGAUGAGACAAGUUUUGUGGCAACGUGACGAUCAGCAAACGGAAUUUUUAUUUACAAACUAAACCCCAAACACACAAGUCCACUUUGGCUUAGCAUUAAACACGACAAAAAGUAUUAGCGCAAGGUAUUGUCGCUGGCAUGCAAUAAAAUAAAUGCU